GAAGACCACCCCCUCCCCUAGUGGAUCCCCCUAAUCCUGCCUCACCCUUUUUUCAUCCCUGCCCCAUCCCCUGUGCCUGGACCGCUCACUCUCUGCAGCCCCCAGCCACAGUCUUACUCUCGCCCCAUACCAAUUGAGGUACGGACUUCUUAAACACAGCACUGCUUUUUUCAGAUUCUUUCAAAAGAAGGGGGAAAAAUCUCUUGGCCUCUUUACAUACUUGAUAAGAGGGGGGAGAGAUUGCUUGGACUAUUAUGGGGUAUUUUCCAUCCUUCCAUCCUCUUCCUUAUUGUCCAAUUUUCCUCCUCCUGCUCUCUUUGACUUGCAGCUAAAAAAAAAACACAACAAUGUCCACCAACGAGCGUUUCAACUGCCAUUACUGUAAAGACUCCCUUUUGGGGAAGAAGUACAUAAUGAAAGAGGACACGCAGUACUGCACUAAGUGCUAUGAGAACCUGUUCGCUAACUGCUGUAAGAGCUGCUCUUUGGCAAUUGGCUGCAACUGCAAGGACUUGUCCUACAAGGAUCUCCACUGGCAUGAGCAAUGUUUCAAGUGUGCAAAGUGUAGCAGAUCCUUGGUGGAAAAGGCCUUUGCCGCUAAGGAUGAUUUGUUGCUUUGCACCGAAUGCUACGCCCACGACUAUUCUUCUAAGUGCACCACCUGCAAGAAAACUGUCAUGCCAGGAUCCCGUAAAAUGGAAUACAAGGGGAACAGCUGGCAUGAGACCUGCUUCCUGUGCCACCGCUGUCAGCAGCCAAUAGGAACCAAGUCCUUCAUCCCAAAAGACACCGGCUACUUUUGCGUGCCCUGCUUUGAGAAGCAGUUUGCCUACCAAUGUUGUGCUUGUAAGAAGGCCAUCACAACAGGUGGAGUGACCUACCAAGACAAGCCCUGGCACCGCGAGUGUUUCCUAUGCAUCAGCUGCAAGAAGCAGCUGUCGGGUCAGCGCUUCACCUCCAGGGAAAACUACCCCUACUGCCUUGAAUGCUUCAGCAACCUGUAUGCAAAGAAGUGUGUGGGCUGCACCAAGCCCAUCACAAGUCUGGCAGGGGCCAAGUACAUCUCUUUUGAGGAGCGCCAGUGGCACAGCGAGUGUUUCACCUGCAUUCAAUGCUCUGUGUCGCUGGUGGGACGCGGGUUCCUCACCCAGCGCGACAACAUAUUGUGCACCGACUGUGGCAGGGAGAAGUGAUCUUUCCAUGAAGGGGGGGUCACAGGUUUAUCCCAAUAGUAAUGAAAGCUCCUGUUCCGAUACACACUGAAAAUGAGAGGUG